CUCCCACGCCCCAGCGCGCUGUGUUGGGAUAGUGGCAGUAUAAAGUAUAUCUUCCAUCCGAGACAGAUAAGAAGCGCCAGGCUAGAGGGGAUGAAGAUGGCGGACGCCAAGCAGAAAAGGAACGAGCAGUUAAAGCGCUGGAUAGGCUCGGAGACGGAUCUCGAGCCGCCCGUCCUGAAGAAGAAGAAGACGAAGGUGAAGUUCGACGAAGGCGCCGUGUUUCUGGCCGCCUGCUCGAGCGGCGACACGGAGGAGGUGCUGCGAAUGCUCGACCGCGGCGCGGACAUCAACUACGCUAAUGUAGACGGACUCACCGCUCUGCACCAGGCCUGCAUAGACGAUAAUGUGGACAUGGUGACCUUCCUGGUGGAGCAUGGGGCCUGCAUCAAUCAGCCCGACAAUGAAGGCUGGAUUCCCCUUCACGCUGCUGCUUCCUGCGGAUACCUCGACAUCGCUGAGUAUCUUAUCAGUCAAGGUGCAAACGUUGGCGUAGUAAACAGUGAGGGAGAAACGCCAUUGGAUAUCGCAGAGGAAGAGGCCAUGGAGGAGCUUCUGCAAAACGAGAUCAACCGGCAAGGCGUGGAUAUCGAGUCGGCCAGGAAAGAGGAGGAGCGGAUCAUGCUAAGGGAUGCGCGACAGUGGCUUAACAGCGGCCAGAUCAACGACGUCCGACACACCAAGUCUGGGGGGACCGCACUACACGUCGCUGCCGCCAAGGGAUACACUGAAGUUUUAAAGCUUUUAAUCCAAGCAGGGUAUGAUGUAAAUAUUAAAGACUACGAUGGCUGGUCUCCGCUCCACGCUGCUGCACAUUGGGGCAAAGAAGAGGCCUGCCGGAUACUAGUAGAGCAUUUGUGCGAUAUGGACAUGGUCAAUAAAGUGGGUCAGACGGCGUUUGAUGUAGCUGAUGAAGAUAUCUUGGGAUAUUUAGAAGAGCUGCAAAAGAAACAGAAUCUGCUUCUGAGUGAAAAGAAGGAUGUUAAGAAGUCUCCUUUAAUAGAAACGACGACUACUGGGGACAAUAAUCAAUCUGUGAAACCACUGAAGAGUAAAGAAACGCUUCUACUGGAGCCAGAGAAGACUGUCCCACGAAUCGAGACUCUGGAGCCAGAGAAGGUGGAUGAAGAAGAGGGCGAGGGGAAGAAGGAUGAGUCUAGCUGCUCUAGUGAGGAAGAGGAGGAGGAAGACUCAGAGUCUGAGAACGAAGCAGACAAGACCAAGUCUUCUGUUCCGACGACCAUUUCCAACAGUACACCUGCACCUGUGCCUGCUGGUAUCACAGUCACGUCCCCAACUACCCCAAGCAACCAGGUGACCACCCCAACCUCACCUACCAAAAAGUCUGAUAACAUUACUGCCCUUGUGCCUGGGGGGGAGCCAGGCUGUCCUGCAUUGUGGCGUCAAGGCUUGCGCAAAACUGGCAUUUCACUUGUGCCCAAAAAAGCGAUGGUGAGCACACCUCCAGGGAAGGUGUCUCCUAAAGAGGAGGACAGGAAGGAUGAGUCUCCUGCAUCGUGGCGACUGGGCCUGCGGAAAACCGGCAGUUAUGGAGCACUGGCAGAAAUCAGCACAACUAAAGAGGCACAGAAAGAGAAGGACACAGCCGGGGUGAUGCGCUCGGCCUCUUCUCCUCGCCUCUCAUCCUCACUGGACAAUAAGGACAAGGAAAAGGAGAAGGAGAAGACACGCCUGGCGUAUGUUGCACCAUCCAUCCCAAGGAGACACGUUAGCACAUCGGACAUUGACGAGAAGGAAAACAGGGAUUCGGCUGCUAGUCUGGUACGUAGUGGCUCGUACACCAGGAGACGCUGGGAGGAAGACCUGAAGAACAGCGACGGAACCGCCUCACAAAACAGAACCUCCAGCUAUCAGCGCAGUACGUCUCACACGCUAGCGUUAGGCCGCACGUCUAGCUCUCGCGACCUGCCCACCAAAUCCUCCUCUGCCUCCAGCCUGGAACCUAACAACUGGAGGAAGGAGCAGCCUUCCUCCUACUACCAGUCUAACAGCAUUCACCGCAGCGGGUCGUUUGGAAGGAGACAGGAUGAUGCUUUAAGUUCCACUUCUUCCUCCACCGCCACCACAACAACGACCUCCACCUCCUCUGUUACCUCACCCACCGGAUAUCGCAGCCUGCUGGCCAGGUACUGGGCAGAAGAGAGUAUGGAGAAGGAGAAGGAGAAGGAGAAGGAGAAGAAGGAGAAAGAGUCAGCCACGGUCAUCCCCACAAUCAACACUGCAGCCACCACCACCACCACCUCCACUACUGGAACUGUGUUGGGCUCUGACGGACGAGAGAGACGCAGAUCAUACCUCACCCCGGUGCGUGACGAAGAGUCGGAGUCUCAGCGGAAAGCCAGAUCCAGACAGGCGCGGCAGUCCAGGAGGUCCACACAGGGUGUGACCUUGACUGAUCUCCAGGAGGCAGAGAAGACCAUCGGUCGCAGUCGUCCCACGCGGCCUCGAGAAGAGGAGAAAGAAGAGAAGGAGAAACAGGACAAGGAGAAACAAGAAGAGAAGAAAGAGACGGAAACCAAGGAGGAUGACUACAGGUCACGCUACCGCAGCUUUGAAGAGAAGUACCGGAGCACCUCUUUGGCCUCGACCACCACGGCCUCCUCCACCCUGCCUUCCUCCUCGUCUAGCAGCUCGUCUUCUCUGUACAGCACCUCCUCUCUGAACCGGCCCAACAGCCUGAGCGGUCUCACUUCCUCCUACAGCCGCACCACACGCGACACUGAGAGAGAGUCUGAUAGAAAAGAUAAAGAAGAUGACGCUGAAGACAAGUCUCAGCCACGCUCUAUACGUGAGCGCAGACGACCUCGAGAGAAAAGACGCUCGACUGGAGUGUCCUUCUGGACCCAGGAUAGUGACGAGAACGAGCCAGAUCAGCCUUCAGAUGAAGAAGGCAGCACUAAAGGAGAGCCUCAGAGCGACAGACUAUCCAGGAAUGACCCUGUCUCUACUAGCACUUCCUCCCUCGACCGUUACGAGCCUUUGAGUAGCCGUGGCAUAGGAGAGAGCCGGCGGCCAUAUUCUCGCUUCGAAAGAGACGACACCAAUGAUUAUAAGAAGCUUUAUGAGCAGAUUUUAGCUGAAAACGAGAAGUUGAAAGCUCAGUUACGUGAUACAGAACUGGAGCUGGCAGACCUGAAACUGCAGCUGGAGAAAGCCACGCAGAGGCAGGAGCGUUUUGCUGAUCGAUCGCAGCUGGAGAUGGAGAAAAGGGAAAGAAGAGCUCUAGAAAGGAAGAUUUCUGAGAUGGAGGAGGAACUAAAGAAUCUUCCUCAGGUAAAGCAGGUGCAGUCUCUGCGUCAGUAUAAUGAGCGUUUGCAGGCAGAGAACAGGGCGCUGGCUCGCGUGCUCUCCAAAAUCUCACAGGGCUGCAGCCACCUUCCCGCUGUAGACCUGUAGACCCGCCCCCACCUCCCCUUACACCCCUCCUCAUGCUUCAUUCAGCUCCGCCCACGCCCAUAUAAAGGCAGGUGCCAGCCUGUGUCUGAGCUGAUACCCCACCUUCCUUUUUGCGGCUUUUUUUAUUUAAUUUUUUUUAACACAGUACAGUUAUUGCUAAAAAUGGCUACAAAAUACUGUACCUUUUAUGUAUUUUUAGAAAUGACUGAUAUUUAGCAAUUUUUUUUAUCAGUAUUAAAUGUGUUAUUAAAACAUAAAAUAUUUUUUUUUUUUUUUUACGGACAGCAUUAUACAAAAGGCAUGUUUCUUUGAUUUAAAUAAAUAAUUUUAAAAUAAAAAAUAAACCAUUUUUACCCAGAUUUUUAUGAAUUAGGUUUACAAAUGACAUCUAUAAAAAUCUACUUUCAUUUAGAAUAAAAUAUUAAACGUUUCGUUUUUAAAAUUGUACAAAAAAAAAGUAUGUUUUUAUUAAACACUGCUCAUAUGUAUCGUACAGUUCCUGCUAUUUUUGAAACUCUUUUUUUUUUAUAUAUAUAUAAAUUGUACUGUUUUUUUUUUUUGUUUGUUUGUUUUUUUGUUUUCUCAGAUUGUUUGAUCUUUUUUUGGGUUCCCCCUUCGAAUGUGUUGCUGUGAAGUGCAGUUCCCUUUGGAUGACUCCAGCAUCUUGCAUGAGACGCUACCAGACUUGAAAGCAGACAACCAGAGGCUAAAGGACGAGAACGGAGCGCUGAUCCGAGUCAUAAGCAAGCUUUCCAAAUAGAGAGACCCUCUCCACAACCUCCGACAGUAAACGGUAUUGCACAUCUAGAUAUUAAUACGAGACAACGGCGACAAGAAGGCUCCGUCUCCCCCCCUCGGUUUCUCAGUCCUCAGCUUUCCCUCGCUUCACCACCUCACCCCUCACACAGAACCACUGCGUUUACAGAACUAAGGAAAAGCGUUAGACGAGAGAAUGGCAUUGAACACUUUGCGGGCGGGGAAAGCCUCGAAAAACUAUUUAACCAAUAAGCCUUAGUUGUACAUACGUCACUUGCAUCAAAUUUCUCUUGGCUGUCACAGAACACCUGAUUUUAUUUGUGCCACUUUUUUUUUCUUUUUGUGAUCUAUCCUUCUUUUUUGUUGUUGUUUUUUUUUUUUUUUUUGCUCCGCUCUGUAUAGAUGAGUUAUGCAAUGUGCAGCUCUCUCCUUCCAUGUCCUCUUCCUGUCCUCAUCAUCCACCCCUAAUCGUGCUAGAAGUCCCGCCUCGUCCUCCGAGGCACUGUCUCUCAGCAGAAGACUUCCCAGCAUUCCACAAUGUUGGCGCACGCACCGCACACUUCCUCCACUCUCUCUCUCUCUCUCUCUCUCUCUUUUGACGGACCCCUGGCUUUACCAAUUAGGUGGACCUUGUGGAAUCGAAGCUUUCACUUAUGUGCAAUAUAUGCAUUUCUUUCUAUACAAAUGCUUUAAGAAUGAGUCCGUCACUAGUAAAUGUUCACUCUUUCACCACUUUUGGAUUCUUUCCUCUUCCCCCCGACUUCUUUCUCUCGUUUCUUUGAGUUUGUAGUGUAGUUGUUGGUUUAUAUCUUGUACUCCUCACGUUGUUUUAGCAGGUACUGAGUGAAGUUGUAUAUACCUGUAUGUAUCGUUUGAGACCAGCACAUGGCAUGCAUUUAUUGGUUCCCUGUCUGUUACUAUUGAAAUAUACCAACUCCAGAGGACAAAGUGUUUUAACUAUUUCCUCCUCUUUUUAUAGUUGGAAAAGAUAUUGAAUAACAAUAGAGCCGCCCUCUUCAAAGAGGGGAGGCUGCACUUCUUAAGUGCAUUUUUUUUUUCUCUUUUUCUCAGUUUUAAAAGUGUUCGCGGUAAUUGUGAGAUAAUAAUAUAAUUGCUUCACUACAUUUCAUACAUUUUAUUCAGUAUCUUUGGAAGAGUGCUGUUCUUUUUUUCUUAUUUUUUUCACUUUUCUCUCUUUUUUUUAAGCUGUUGUAUUAGCCAAGGUGUUGUCACUAAAAAGAAGAUCCUAGAUAUCGCUAACCCAGUCCUUUUUACAAUGUCUACAUGCACUGUCAAUGCCAUGUCAGGAGUCUUGCUGUCCGGUUUAGCCAACUUUUGCCACCGUGUCAGAUGAAGUCCAUGCAUCAGAAAAACGUUUUAUGCAUUUCAGUGGCCUUUUACUUAAAUACUGUAGUCGGGAAAAAAAUGUCGCUGUAGUUGGACUGUCAGCUGUCUCCUCUUUGGUUUAGGUUUUUAAUUUGUUGUUGUUUUUUUUUCUUUCUUUUUAAAAUUCCCAUCAUCUUGUAAAAUAGAUGUGUGGCUUCAUCCGUGCAAGCUGUGCUGUGACUACCAACCACUGAGAGUUAAUUAAAAUAAACUUGUACAUUGUAAAAAUC